AUGGUCUCAAUCUGCGCUCUCCUUUCUACUAUCACCCUUGCUUCUACUGUCAUUGCCUCCGGUAACAACCCCGUUAUCAACGGUGUCUCGUCUUUUGCUGUCGCCAACCUCGCCAGCCACCGCUCUUCCGGUGUCCCUGAGGCUCGUGCCUCUGCCGUCGCUGGACACAUGUUUGACUCUGUUGUUAAUGACCGCAGCGUUCGUUCGGCAAUCUCCAAGGGUUUGCAGACCUUGUAUGCUUCCAGAGGUCGCACCCCCGACCCCACCGAAAUCCGGGCCCUGGUAAGCUUUGGCGCUUCUGCCUUCAACGACUACGUCCAGGAGCCUCAGUAUACCUCUUUGAUCAAGUACUUUGAGCAGAACUAUGAGCUCUUCGACUGGAUUUCUCUGUACCAAGAUGGUGUCUCCAUGGUUGGCCCUUACGCCCAAGAGGGUGCCGAUCGCUUGCGCCAGUUCAACCAAGAUUCCAAUGGUCACGAAGCUCUUGUUACCAUUCACUCUAUGGCCAUGCGUGUCAUGAACGACAUCGCUACUAUUCGCAACUAA